UUCUUUUCCUUUUCUUUUCUAUGUCUAUUUCAGGUUCUAAAUGACCGUUACAAGAAACAUGGAGGAUGUUCAGAAUUUUCUUCAAGAAAAUCCAAAUAUCAGAGAAGAAAAUAAGAUCAUAGGCAGUUUCUUUCAUGGGAAUAAUAUCUUUAUACUUACAAAUGAAGAAGAACAAAAAGAAGAAGAUUGCAAUUACAAUAAUGAUGAAAAUCCCUCUAUAUAUGUAUUUGGUUGUGAGGAUAUUGAUGAUGAUGAUAAUAAUAAUAAUAUUAAUGAGCCACAAGGCACCAUGGAAACAGCUAUCUAUUGGGAAUCACAAGAAGCCUUGCUUCAGGAAAUAUUGGAGCAAUAUAGGUUGAUUGGAUCAAAAGUACGAGAAGGGAUAACAAGAAAUGUAGAACGAGCUAGAGAGGGAAAUAUAUGUGAAUGCUCAAAUCCAAAAGUAGGUGCAUCAUGUGCUAAGUGCUUCAGAAAAAGAGUUGUGCAUCACCUCUGUGAAAAGGGUUUCAAUGCUAGCCUUUGUACUUCCAAAUGGAACCACACCUCCAAGAUGCCAGGAGGGAGACACGAAUACAUAGAAGUGAUAGCAAGCACACAGGGAAGAAAGAAGAAAGUUCCAUUGUUGAUAGAAUUGGAAUUCCGAGAUGAAUUCAAGAUGGCAAAAGCAUGCAAAGAAUACUCAAAACUGAUAAGCCAAUUGCCAGAGGUAUUCAUAGGGAAAUCUGAGCACUUAAAUGCCAUUGUUCGAUUGAUGUGUGAUGCAGCAAAGAGAUCAACAGCACAACAAAGGAUCCAUUUGGGUCCAUGGAGAAAGAGGAACUUCAUGCAGAUGAAAUGGUCGUCUUAUAAUUCAGAAAAGAGAAUUGAUAAUCAAAUUACUUUGAGUAAACUAAGGCAAGAAGCACUUUUGAGUGAUGUUAGGCCUGCUGGUUUAGAGUUUGCUGCUGGAACUGCUGUCAAAGUUGCAUAAAUUCUGAAUCAAAAUAGACAAUUGCAUUUUCCCUGCUGGUCUUGGAUAAAUAUAGGCUAGCUAUUCGGAAAUUUUUUAAUCAUUUUGACAUUAAUUAUGACUUUCCCAAGUUGUUAUUAUCCUAGUUUUCUCUUUUUUUAUGGAACAUAUAUAUGUGAAGAGUUACGUACUAACGGCACGUCUAGCUAUCAAAUACUACAAUUUCACUACUUGUAAGUCUUAAUUUCACGAAUGGUUAUUCAAAUGCUUAAGUUUAUUGC